GGCAAAAAUUAAGUCGAGUCGUUUCCGUUAAUUUUCGAGGAAACAGCUCGCGACGCUUUAUACGAGAUCCGUGUUUACGCGAAAAAUGAUCGAGCCUCCGAGGUCUCGAAUCGCGAAAGGCGUUUUCGCGGGUGGAGUGGAAAUUUCGCUGGCAGAUAGCCGAAAAAUUCAAGAUGGCGCGGGGUGAGAAGAGGAGUUGAUAAGUGGACGGCGUGGCAUUAUUGCGAAAAUAAAAAAUAUAGCACUGCCAGUUGUCACGAUUUCUCACGACGCACUCUUGAUCUACGUGAACAAAAGUCGUCGAUCAGUCUUCCAAAGGCUUUUGCCACGUGAAGAUCGCGUUCAGAUCGCCGAGGAGGGACACCCGCGACCGGUGUGCCGUCAGUGACUAUGACUUACGCGCAGAAUAAUGUCGCGGGCGACGAGCAAACGCAAGGAUCGUACAGGCUCUCGGUGAUAUCGGCGAACGGGAAGCAGCUGGAAAAUGGGUCCGUGGAAGGAAAACCCGAAGAUAAAGAGGCACGCGCUCAAUGGGGGAGUAACAUAGAGUUCUUGAUGUCCUGCGUGGCGUUUUCUGUUGGCCUCGGAAACGUUUGGAGAUUUCCCAGUACAGCGUACGAAAACGGAGGCGGAGCGUUCCUGGUGCCUUAUCUCGUCGUUCUCUUCAUCAUUGGCAAGCCUAUCUACUACAUGGAGAUGAUACUCGGACAAUUCAGCAGCAGAUCGUGCGUGGAAGUCUGGUCCGUGGUGCCGGGCUUCAAAGGAAUCGGAUACGGCGUGACCGUGUCCGUCUUCUCCGUGGUCACCUACUAUUGUUCCCUGAUGUCGUUGACGAUGUACUACCUGCUGGCCAGCUUCCAAUCGGUUCUUCCGUGGGCUGUUUGCUGGGAAGAAUGGGGCAACGUUUGUUUCGACAGCACAUCGGCCAGCAACGCCACUUCGAACGUCAACAAGAGCAGCUCGGCGGAAUUGUACUUUCGAUACGUUGUUCUCAACGAAUCGGGGAUCGAGGAAGGUCUCGGAGAACCAUCCUGGAAGCUGGUGGUCGCGCUCUUCGUCAGCUGGACGUGCGUGUUCGUAGUGAUCCGGAACGGCGUGAAAAGCACCGGGAAGGCCGCUUACUUCCUCGCGCUGUUCCCGUAUGUGAUCAUGAUAUGCCUUCUGGUGAGGGCAGUGACCCUGGAGGGAGCCGUGAACGGCAUUAUAUUUCUAUUCGAGCCAACCUGGGAAAAGAUCUUCGACCCUUCGGUCUGGUACGCGGCCGUCACGCAAUCCUUCUUCUCCCUCGGCGUGUGUUUCGGCGCUGUCACCAUGUACUCGUCCUACAAUCGUUUCGAUCACAAUGUAUUAAGAGACUGCACGGUGGUGACGACCAUGGAUCUUGCCACGAGUUUGAUAGCAGGGACGACCAUCUUCGGGAUCUUGGGAAACCUCGCCCACGAAGUGGGCAAAGAAGACAUCAGCACGGUGGUGCGCGCCGGCACGGGUCUCGCUUUCAUUUCCUAUCCGGAAGCGCUCGCCAAGUUCACGGUGGUGCCCCAGCUCUUCGCCGUGCUCUUCUUCCUGAUGCUGUUCGUCCUGGGUAUCGGCACCACCGUCGCCUUCACCGGCGUCAUCACCAGCAUCAUCAAAGACAAGUUUCCUCGGAUUCCGAACUGGAAAGUUGCUGCCUGCGUCACGAGCAUCGGCUUUCUCAUUGGAAUCGUUUAUUGCACGCAGGGAGGACAACACGUAUUAAACUUGGUGGACUACUUCGGAGGAACGUUCAUAAUAGUGUUCCUGGCUUCCUUCGAAGUGAUAGGGAUAUCUUGGGUGUACGGUGUCGACAACUUUUUGGACGACGUGGAAUUCAUGAUCGGCAACCGCCCUUCCUUCUACUGGAGAUUCUGCUGGGGUUUCUUGACACCCCUGGCUCUCUUCUCGAUCCUGAUUUACUUUCUGAGCGAGUUGACGCCUCUCACCUACAACGGCGAAUAUUAUCCAACUUCUGCCUACGUUGCUGGGUGGUUACUGUUAGUGCUGGGAGUAAUCCAGUUCCCUAUUUGGAUCAUCGUCACCAGGAUGCAAAACAAAGAUAAACCCGCGUUGGACAUCCUUAAACCGGACCCCGACUGGGGGCCCAAAGAUCCGAGCAAGUACAAAGAGUGGAAGGCUUUCAAGGACGCCAAAAGGAUAUCUAGGAUGAACCUGGGCAAGAAAAGGUCGAGAAUCGUGACGUUGCUGAUCGGAGGAGAUUGAUAGCAACUGCAGCAUUAAGAGAUUCGAUCAAGAAUCUGACCAUCGGACUGCUUCGAUGACGCUGACGAGAUACCCCGUAGAUCUCAGCUUAUUCUGUAUUGUAAUAGAGACUUCGUUUCUAAAUAAAUACGUUAAACAGUUA